UUUAAAAUGUUGUUUCAUGCAAAUAAAUAACGUUAUGUGAAUUUUGAGGAUGACAGAUUCACUACUGUUGGUUUCAUUUUGAUUUAUCGACUAGAUUAUCUGAUUUCCUAAAGCAAGAUGGCUGCGCCCGUACAUAAUUUUUCAGUUCAAGAUUGUAAAGUUGCCUUACAGGAUGUCCUUGAAGCAUUGCUGCUCCCUGAAAAUGCUUCGAAGAUAAAGGAAGCCAAGGACAGUGCUGGUAAUGACAUGCUCAGAGCCAUGCAAAUUGUGUUCCCUGCAGUCACACAGAUACAGAUGGAAGUGAUAGAGAGAUAUGGUUUCACUCCAGAUGGGGAUGGUGUAAUAAGAUUCACUCAGACAGUGAAGGUUUACGAGAAACAGGACAAGGAGGUUGCCCAGCUGAACCAGGAGCUUAAAGCAUGGCUGAUCCCACCUGUGUCCCUGUCUUCGUCUGAUGGUACAGACACAUCUGGGACAUCAUAACAACAGAUUUCGGAGUUAAUGAUCUGGAUAUAUAGUGUGUUGAAGAAAACUGAAGCAUAUCAGUGAAUUUUCCAGGUCCAGUCCAGGACAGAAAAAACGCCAGUGUCAUCAAGAAUUUGAUACAUGUAUUUUGAAAUCAAAAAAAGAAAAUUUUAACAGAAGAAAUUGCAAUGCAUAGUAACACUUUGCCUCAUAGUGAAGCGACAAUGUGAUACCUACAGGAACAAAGGAGUGGCUUUGUUGUAUGGUGGGGGGGGGGGGCACAGAUUGGUGUAGCUUAAUAAUAAAUAUGAAACAAACCUUCCAGGACACCUCAAACAAGGGUAUGAGCUUGGUUUUUGUACAUUUAUCGGGAACAAGGUGUGUAAGGAUUGGAAUGGAGAGUGAAAUACUUAAACACAUACAUGUAUAUGUACUCUUGGAAUGAUGUGUGAAUGAUACUAAUCAGUAGUUUGAUAUCUCAAGUAUAAAACACUUUUGAAUUUAUAUGACAUCAAGUUUAGCGAACAGUAGUUUAUACAAUUAGCUAGUGUAUCGUAUGAUAGUUUAUCACUUUAUAUGUAUUUUACGAUUGCUUGUAUAUGUAUUUACACUCUUCGCCAUAUUCUAUUAAAUGUGAUAGUGUUCCAAUUCAUGAUCAUGUUACCUACAUACUCAGUCUAGAAUAACUGACUACCUCUGCUGUAUCAAAAAAAAACCAUUUGAAAUGAGAUAGUCAGUUAUUUCGAACUGUUACAUAGCUAGUGGCUUUAUUCAUUUAAAAUUUACAUCAACUUUUAUACAUUUCUAUGUAAGAAUUGAGCAGUAUGUGUUUGUUCUUGUUUAUAUGUAAGUAUCGCUAUAGAAGCAAUACAGUAGUGCUUGUUUAUACAGAACCAGUGUAUCUGUAAAAUUACCGUACAGAACACGAUCAUAUUAAACCCUCUGUGUAAGAGUGUUUUUCUCUCCUCUGUGUAAGAGUGUUUUCUCUCCUCUGUGUAAGAGUGUUUUUCUCUCCCGUUUGUUUUUAAACUUUGUUUAUACACUGUAUUUGUAUAGGUUAGUGGGUUAAGCUUUACAAUGUGAUAGUUGUGUUUUAGGUUGUAAAGGGGUAUAUUUGUCUGGCAGUAUAGAGUGACACAGAGAACUAGUUCACAGACUUAUCAUGCAUGUGUUCUCGUCACACUGAAUAUAUCUUAUUGUGAAAUUUUUCCUUUCGCCAAAAUCCACAAAGUGAUGUGUUUUUCUGGUAAACAAAUUGGUUGUCAACAUGUUUUUUAUUUGAAAUACCAGAACGCAGCAGCGUAACCGAACAAAGCACACAAUUUAUAUCUUGUUGUCCAUAUAAAGUUGUAACUUUGUAUUUUAUUUUCAUCUUUGUUCCAAUACACAUGUAAAGUUACCUGAAGUGAAAUCAUAAAGCUAUGGUUGAUUUUUAUGUGAAUAAAGUUUUUAGUCUGUAUCGUUUGCAAACACUGAUAAAAGUCUUUCUAAUAAUUAGAAAUUUGUGUUUUGAAUAAGUUUAAUAAGUUUUACAUGUUUUAACUCUUUGUGCUUCUUACAAAGGAGUAAAGAUUGUAAUUUCAUUUGUUGAAAAGAUAGAACAGAACUUUUUUACAUGUAUUUGAACACACAAUUGUUUGCCUAGAAGACUUGCCCUAUAUAUGAUAGAUAUGAUCAUGUUGCCAUUUUUCGUAAUUUGUAUAUUUUCAUCUCAACUGGGACAAAGUCCCAGGAAGAUUAUGCAAUGGUGCAAUAUAUUCUGUGCUUUGUAAAAUAAAAUUAAGACAAUCAAGUCUUAAAGAGUCGAUAGAGUUAAAAUACAAAAUGGUUAAACAAAAGACCUGGUGAGAUUAAAGGGCCCCUUGGGAUAUUGUUAUUUAGACAUUUAAGUCGCCAUGUUUUACAAGUUGAAUUUAUUUGUGAUGUUUUGCUUAUGCAGUACUGUAGUUGAUCAAGUGUGUAAGCUUUGUAUGUGAACUGAAGCAAUGUUUUAAUUUGCAAUGUUUUAUUUACUCGUGAACUGCAAAUAAAAUUUGACCAAUUUCGUAAAAA